AGCCUUUGGUAGAAAUAUUUUUAUAUGAAGGGAAAACUGCGGCAUAAUGGAAUCCGAAGGGAAGAUUUUGCACACAGAAAGAUAUCUUACGAUAAUUUUAUGACACAGAAAGAGAAAGACUUUGUCGCCUUUCUGUUUGAGAGAACUCUUAAGAAGAAAGAACGCGUCUGUCCAGACUUUUAUACCAAAGAAAGAGUUCCCAGACCAGAGCUCCGAAAAAAAGAGGCUUCAGAGGAGGAACGGCUAUUUGAGGGCGUUCUUGGAAUGGCAAUUAGAAAGUCAACUAAGAAAACAAUAACCACAAAGGAUGAAGGCGAAAAUAGCCAAGUAUUCAUUAAAAAGUUAAUCUCUCGAGGAAAAAUAGAAGAAAUAUAUGAUAUUUUAAACAUUUCAGAACUGUUCAUAGAUGAGCCUGCUUCUACAGAGGAUAAAGAUGCAGACUCUAUUGGAACUAACAAAGUAGAUACAGAAGCUAUUAUAGAAAAGCUUAAAGAAAUAGGAGAAGAUCUAUUCAACAUGGACAAGGGGAUAGAGCUAGUUGACAAGCUUCUGUUUACUCGGCCAGAAGAGAGGAAGCAAUACUCAAGCACAAUUGUAUCUAUUCUUAUAGAUAGGAUUCGAUAUAUUUAUUACACAUCAGAUCUCUGUGAUUAUGUGAGUAAGCUGGUUCCUAUUAUAAAAGAGACCCUUCCGUCACUAACGCUAAAGCCAGAAGUUUUGGCCAGUCUGUUUAUUUCUAAUACAACUGGAAUUUUAAUUGGGCACAUUCUUCUAGUUAUAUUCAAGAAAGAAAAUCCAGACCUGCUCUUUGGCAUAUGCAAACUUAUCCCGGGACUUCUUACUCCUGGAUGUAUUUCCAGAAUGUUUUUAAAAAUACCACACCCGCUUAUAUGGAGGUUUUUAGCUGUCUGUUCUAAAAAAAUGCCAUUUUCCGAACUGGCUGAUCUCAGAAAAAGGCUUGAUUCCUACAUAAUAGCAGGGCUUAAAAAGAAAUCCCCUGUCUUGGUUGAUAAUAUAAGAAUAUUUCUUAAAAGAUGCCCGUAA